AUGCAACGAGAAGGACAGUCAAAGGGACGGAAAGUGGAAAUCCUUUUCUACCGACAAUCCCUUAAGAUUAAGGCUAAAGAAGUCGCUAACGAUGCCCAACUCGUUUCGUCUGAAGCAGCUGGUGUUGAUUGGGAUUCAAUGAGCUCCACCUCCACAACUGUCUCUGCGUUUACAUCUGCAUUCACUGCCGACUCUAAAAGUGUAUCUUCCUCAACCCCGACCACCUCACGCAGGUGUGCUAACCAAAAGGACAGGUUGGCCGAGGUUGAUCCUAUGAAUCGGCGAAAAUUGGCAAAAUGUGGCAUCCUUAAAAUGCAUGGUCGAUUUAGCACUGCAUUCGGACCCUAG